CUUAAUGACAAAAAAAAAAAAUCUUAUCUUCAACAUGGAGAAAUUCUUUAUGGCCAUAAAUAUGGAGAUUCUUUGGCAACUAUUGCCAAAAAUAUCAAAUGCAGUAAAACCACUAUGCAUGAUAUUUUGAAACGAUAUGCUCAAACAGAAUCUACUAUGCCAAGAAAAUGUUCUGGUCCAAAAGUUAUAUUUAAUAAAUCUGCAUUAGAAGAACUUAGAAAAAUAGUUACACAAGAUACCAAACACCAUCAAUUAAGCCUUAAAGAAAUACAAGAUUUAUGGAAAAAAGAAAAAAACCAAAAAGUUUCUAUUUCUAUAAUUCGUCAUGCUUUAAAAAAAUACUUAUCUACAAGCAUUAAGGACUUGGAAAUUAAAGUUAAAGCUGCCUGGUAUUCGAUUUCAUCUAAAUGUUAUCGCAAGUUAUCUAAUAGUAUGAUUAGACGAGUAAAAGCAUGUUAUGGUGCUGAUG